GUGCAACAGGCAGUCUCAGCAUGGGCAAGGAAACCUUGAUUAGUCUCUCGCAUCUCAUAAAUGAGCAUGUUAAUUUAAUAUACAAUCCUAAAUAGGUCCCUCAGAGUGAAUAUCUCCACCUCAACGGCUAGGGCAGCCUCCGGCCUCGUGAACCUGAACUGAUAAAUGCAGAAUCGAUGCCUGAAGAUAUGCAGCAGCAGAUCAUCAGAGAGACCUUCCACUUGGUCUCCAAAAGAGAUGACAAUGUUUGUAACUUCUUGGAAGGAGGCAGUUUGAUAGGUGGUUCAGAUUACAAACUUAUCUACAGGCAUUAUGCUACCCUGUAUUUCGUCUUUUGUGUGGAUUCUUCUGAGAGUGAACUGGGGAUUCUUGAUCUCAUACAGGUCUUUGUGGAAACCCUUGAUAAGUGCUUUGAAAAUGUUUGCGAGCUGGACCUAAUUUUUCAUAUGGAUAAGGUUCAUUAUAUUCUUCAGGAGGUUGUGAUGGGGGGAAUGGUUCUGGAAACAAAUAUGAAUGAAAUUGUGGGUCAAGUAGAAAAUCAAAGCCGCCUGGAAAAAUCUGAGGGGGGCUUAUCGGGAGCUCCAGCCAGGGCUGUCUCUGCUGUAAAGAAUAUGAACCUUCCAGAAAUUCCCAGAAACAUCAAUAUUGGCGACAUCAACAUCAAAGUUCCUAAUCUUUCUCCUUUUGUUUAAAAAGCACCCUGGACACGUAGCAAUAGUCCAUAUCAUUUCCCUCAGCAAAUAAUCAUUUACAUUGCCCUUGUUAUAAGAAUGUAUGUGUGUGUGUGUAACUUUAAUUUACUACUGGUUGUUUAUUUCAUUUGUGUAAGUUUCUCUUUUGUCUUCCUCAUUAAGAAGGAAAGAAAAGAUCAUAAAAUAAUAUAAGGUAUAUCAUGAUGCACUAUAUGGCCAAAAAUGUGUGGGCACCCAUCCAAAUUGUUGAGUUCAGGUGUUUCAGUCAGCCAUUGUUAAAAGACAUAUAUAAUCAAGCACAUAGCCAUGCAAUCACCAUUGAUAAACAUGGCCAGUAGAAUGGGUCAUACUAAAGAGUUCAGUGACUUUAAAUGUGGCACUGUUAUAGAAUGCCACCUUUGCCACAAGUCAGUACAUUAAAUUUCUGCUCUCCCAGAUCUGUCCUAGUCAGCUGUAUGUGUUAUUAUUGUGAAGUGGAAGCAUCUAAGCACAACACCAGCUCAGCCAUGAAGUUGCAGACCAUGCAAACACAUAUAGCAGGACUGCCAAGUGCUGAAGCGCAUUGUGGGUAAAAGUCACCAGUCAUCUGCUGCAUCACUCACAGUUCCAAAAUGCCUGCAGUCUUCUCGUCCAACAUUAGUUCCUCACAUUACAAAUUCUCUUUUGGCUGAAUGGGCACGAACUCCCACAGACACAUUCCAAAAUCUUGUGGAAGCCUUCCCAGAAUAGUGGAGACUGUUGUAGCCUCAAAGUGGGGGGAGCAACCCCAUAUUAAUGCCCAUGAUUUUGGACUGGGAUGCCCAACAAGCCCUUAUAGGUGUGAUAGAUAGAUAUGAUGAUCAGGUGUCCUCAAGCAUUUGGCCAUGUAAUGUAUUUGUGUUGUUAAUGGUGUGACCAAUCCUGAGCCCACAGUAAAGAAGUGUCUUUUUAAUGUUCGAUUCUCAUUAGAAACUUUACAAUGGUUAUUAAAAGGAAAAACAGAGUUAUAAUUAGGGGUCAAAGUGAAAAUUGUGCUGUGUGCUAGUUAUAAUAAUUUAUGCAAAAUAUUUGUUUUAUUGAAAAUUGUAUCAACAAAUUAUUUUAAUUUCAGUUAGGAUAAUGCUAACUUAGUGAUGCGCUCCUUUUCACAGGUGAGGCUUCAAAUUGUUUUAUGACCUAUUUUAUAAGUAAGGUGUUUUGCUACUGUAUUCAGUCAUUGAAGAACUCUUAUUAUUCCCUUUAUAUUAAUGCAGUCACUUAAUCGUUCAUGUGAAGAUAGAUACUGUAUAGUAUGAAAAUAACUUGAGGUUAAAAUUGCAGUAAUUUCCGGCAACUAUUUAUUCAUGCUGACUUUAAAAUUUCUUUUGCCAUGGCUGCUGUAAUUAGCCAUUUACAGUGGGAUGCAAAAGUUUGGGCAACCUUGUUAAUAGUCAUUAUUUUCCUGUAUAAAACGUUG